AUGAAGAUCACAAAGGAGAAAAGAAACAUCAGGUUGGAGUACGAACUGGACAAAAUGAAAAAAAAAAAAAAAGAUAAUGUAUUGAUAUUAAAUAUUAUUAAUAGCAAAAUAAAUUAUAUAUGCUACAUUUUAAAAAGUGAUCACAGGGAUAUGAUUAAUGACGUGAGCUACGAAAAUAAGAGCUCACUUGAAACCUGCUUCUAUUACUGCAAGUCUUAUAUCACCUUCCUAGUGCUGUACUAUCCUUACAUACACAGUUAUUUGAAAUGUCUGCGAAGUAACAACCUCAGAAUAUAUCGAAAUUUUUAUAAAAGUAUUUUAAAUUUACCCAACAAUUUUUAUGCCCUCAUGUUUAAGUUGAAGAUUGUUGAUGAAUUGAAGAGAAGGGAUGUACAAAACUCCAGCAAUGAUUAUUACCAGAUUGGGAAUGACUGUGGCAAUGGGGGGAGUUUUCCUGAGCUGCUUCAACUCAGCAGGGCCAACUUCUUCGAUGUAUUCUCGAAAGACAGUUAUAUAAAAAUUUUAUUUUCUCGCAUUUACGUGAAGAAAUACCACAAGCGGAUUUUUAGGAUUCUAAAAAUUGUGCUUUUUUAUCACUCCUUGCCAGUUUUUUCCUUUUCGCCCAAGUUUUUCCGAACGUACCAUAAGGGCAGACGGAGGGCGGGGAAAAAUACAUUCAGGGCUCCCCCCCCUGGGGAGGGGCAGAACAAAGGGAAGCGAGAGAAGAAGGAGAAGGAGGGGAAGCGAGAGAAGAAGGAGAAGGAGGGGAAGCGAGAGAAGAAGGAGAAGAAGGAGAAGCGAGAGCAGAUAAAGGAAACGAUGAAGGAGACGAAGAACCUCCAUAAGAGGCUGCCAUUCAGGAGGAGGUACUUUAAGACGCCCCUUUUUAAACAUGUAGAGGUACCCCCCAUCUACUUGGACGAUUACGACAGCAGCAGCACCAAAUUGCUGGUUAAAAAAAAACUGGUAAAAGUUAGGAAGAAAAAAAAAGGAGGAAACGAAGUAGAAAAUACGUUUCUGUCAGACAGCACCGAAAGUGUAAGCAGUGACAGGAGUCUAAGUUGUCUAAGCAACUCGGAAGAAGAAAGAGAAGUGAAUGCCUUCUUGAGAGAAGAAGUGAAUGCACCCCAUGAGGAGAGCGAUGGGAUACCUCCAACGCAUAGUAACGUUGGUGCGUCUGUGUUGGAGGGGGGCUACCCCAACAUGAUCCACACACAUCAGGACAACAUCCAUUUUGUGGAAUCUACUCCAAGUGAGCACCUAUCAGAUGCACCGCUCGAAGAAAGAAACAGUACCUUCCAGGCUUCUAACCCGAGAAAGGGUCAUCCCCCCCAGGGACUAUACAUGAAGGAGAAUUUCCUCGAAUUUGUAAGACACGAAAGGAGGAAAAAUAAAUCGAAAAAGGAGAUCGAAUAUACGUAUGGAAAUUACGUACUGAAGGAUAUACAGAAGUAUCUAAGACAGGAGAGGAAAACAGGACCAAAGAGGGAGAAGAAAAAAAUUUAUUUGCAUGAAGUGUGGAAGGACAUAAUCGAUUUUGACGAAACGGAUGAUAAUAAAAACACGCUCAUACAUAAGGCUUGCUUAGUGUCCAAUGCGAAAAUAAUUUUUUUACUUCUACGUUUGAACGUGAAUCUGAUGAUUUAUAAUGACAAAUCUGAGUUGCCCGUGCACUGUACUCUGUACAAUUGCGACGCGUACCUUUUUCUCCUGUUGCUGCAUAAUACGGUCGAGUAUCUUUUUUUCUUUUAUCUAAACGCGUAUGGUGGAGGCGGUCGAAGGGAGGGAAGGUCCCCAAAAGUGGGGGCCUCCAAAAAGUCAAUUCCCAUGGAGUGCCCCUCAAACACGGGGGACGCCAAACAGGACGACCCAACGUUGAAGCGCGAGUUGGAGGAAAAGGAACCAGAAGGGAAGCAGACCCUAGUGAACGAGGCGCACACUGAAGGGACGCGAGGGGAAUGCCCCAUGGGGAAGGCAAAUAAACGUCGCGUAAAAUACAUAAAGAACGGCUUCUUUUACCACAAAAAAAUUAACAGCGUUUUUGUCACCUCCGUUGUGAAGCUGUACUUAAGCAUAAUGGUGAAAAUUAUCGAGUUGGGGAAUUUUGAAUUUUUAAAAAUCUUAUACAAUUAUAACAAACAUAUUUUUUGUUACAUUUUGCAUAGGAGGGACAUGUGUUACUUUCUCUGCUCAUUCGCUUGGAUGUAUAACUGUAUGAAUGUGUUUUUGAGGUACUGCGAUGAGAUGUUGCGGUGUGAGGUGUGUGUGGGGGUGAGUAGAAAAAGGAAGAACGAUGAGGCUUCGCGAGGGGGAGAGAAUUCCUUCGUGGUGCGGAAAAACAGGCUUGGCGAGGGGAAUACGCAAGUGGAAGGGGCGCAAAAUGGGGAAGACCAGUAUGAGCAGUGCAGUUCGCACAGUGGGGAAAACCAAGGCAAGAAGCACAGCUCUCACAAUGUGAAAAACGGAGGAAAGAAGCGCAGCUCGCUCAGUGGGGAAGACCAAGAUGAGCAGUACAUCUCGCACAGUGGGGAGGACCAAGAUGAGCAGUACAUCUCGCACAACGUGAAAGGAGCGCACCAUGUGGACAGUGCUCGGAUCGCACUCGAAGCGAAAAGAAGAGUCAGAUCCUUCCCUGUGAGGAAGAGAAUCGACCGGAAAAACGGAGUAGAGAUAUUUUACUCAAACGAGUGCUCCAAGCACAUCUUCGUGCCAGAGCCAAGUGACCACCCCUACGUAAGGAACAAAAUUAAGACCAAUAUUCCGGAAAACUCCAGCAGGUUAGAUGUCCUAAUAUCGAAUAAGCAUGGCAUAUUAAAGCUGAACACGUUUGUUAACUUUAAGUUGAAAAAGGUGGAAAGGAAAGCAACGGCUAAUGAUAUUUUAAGGGUGCACGAUAUUUCGUACCUCAAGAUGUUAGUUAGAAGGAUAAAGAGGUGCAAUUUGGAUGAAUACGAUGAUGUGAGUGCUUAUGAUAAUUUUUUGGAAAAUACGAAGAAGAACAAGAAGAAUUACCUCGCCUUGUCGUUGGAUGAUUUGAAUGGAAAUCCUACUUAUGCUGUGUCCGACCAUAUAGAUGUUUUAAAGAGUAGCGAAAUUAUCAGUGGCGUUUGCGAAGAAGGGGCAAGCGAGUGUAUGGAAGGGUCCCAUGAGGUUGGCAGCGAGUGCUUCAAUUGGGGCGUUCAGUGGGGGAACAAACCAGGGGGGGGAGAGAUAACCUCCAGUAUGGCGAGGGACAACACCAAAGGGGGGGAGAGAGAAGCAGAAAUGCCAAGUCAAAGCCUCAGCACAGGUGGGAAGGAAAACCCAGGAGGAGGUGGGAUGCAAAGCAAAAAGUGGAACAGCGCAAAUAAUGGAAAGGAAAAAGUGGAAAAAUUAAUUCUGCUAGACAAUGACACCUUUGUCAAUAAACACUCAUUUAACUGCGCACUGAAUGCCAGUGGGGUGGUUUUAAAAGCGGUGGAUUAUGUACAUAGGAAGAAGAAAAAAAAAAAAAUUUUUUGUGUUGUUAGACCCCCUGGUCAUCACCUGGGAACUUACGGUGCUGCGCAAUUUAAUCUAACCGAUGAAGAUAGAGCAGCAGGAAGUCAAGGCUUCUGUUUGUUGAAUAAUAUAGCCAUUGGGAUGUCCUACGCAAAGUAUAAAUAUGAACGGUUCGAACGGAUCGCCGUGAUCGAUUUUGACAUCCACCACGGAAAUGGAACGGAACAAAUUAUCCGAAACUUGGGAUUAAAAAAAAUCAGAAUUAAUGAGUAUGUUGAUAUAUAUAGUUGGAAGGGAUGGAAGGAUAAGAAUGACAGGAAGAACGUUUUUUUUAGUUCUAUUCACGCAUUUGAUGGGUACUUUUACCCAGGAACAGGAAAUGACACAGUGGAGUUGGAACCCUACAUCAUUAAUGUAACUUUGAAGAAAAAUAUGAAUGAAGAAAAUUUUCUAAACUUAUUUCACGAUAAUAUUUUAAUUCAUUUAUUUCAUUUCCGACCAAACCUACUUUUCCUAUCUGCUGGUUUUGAUGGACAUAAACUCGAUUUUGUCAACAACGGCUUUGUGAAGAAAAACACGUCAACCUAUUUUCACAUGACGAACCUGAUUUUGUCACUUCAGAAUAAAUUGCGCUUCCCCAUCAUCAGUGUCCUCGAGGGAGGAUACAACACUUCAAAUGACAUGGCAUCCGUUUUUAGUUUGUCCGUUUUGGAACACCUGCUCUCGUUCUACUACAACGAUGCGGCGUUUAUGGUUCGUCGAAAGGGAAGUCACUUCGCUAGGUGCGCUGGCAUGGCGAAUGAGGCAAAUAGGAAACCUGCUGCAAUGACCAGGACUACUACACACUGCGCCAAACGAGGCACUCUGAAAUUUCCACAUAUUUGCGUAGGGAAGAAAAAAAUGGAUGCCAUGUUUAAAAAAUAUUUUUCUGUUUUUAAAGAAAAGACGAAAGAAACUGAAAAUUUGAACUUAACCAAAUGUGUGAGGGAUUAUGAAAGUUAUUUGAAGCAUUUUGUUGAGAAACAAAACGGAGUGAAAAUGAAGGUCAACUCUUUUCUCUCUAAACAUAGGAGGCAUUUUGAUAGUUUGCUUUACCAACGGCUGGCUGUACAUUUUUGCAACCUGGGGCAGAUAUCCCUUCCAUUUGAGGCCUACUUUUACCGAGUUAUGCAUCAUUUUAGGAUUUUCCUCGAUGGAAGUGAAGUCGCCAGAAUGGACGAUAGGGAGUUGUCCUCCAACUCGAGGGAGCUGUCCACCAGCUCGAGGGAGCUGUCCUCCAACUCGAGGGAGCUGUCCACCAGCUCGAGGGAGCUGUCCUCCAACUCGAGGGAGCUGUCCUCCAACUCGAGGGAACUGUGCACCACCUCGAGGGAGUUCUUCUCCGUGCUGAACAGCCCGUCCGACUUGCGCGAUUUGGACCCGGUCUAUCUUCAGCGGCACCCCGAGAUACGGUUUGAAGUUACUAACUUGUGGGAACCCAGCCGGAGUUGA